CCCUUUUAAAUGCAUUAGCAUUUAUCUUAGGAACAAAGUCUGAAUUGAACUGAGUCUUGAAAAUAUUCUCCUUUCCCAUUACACUUCCACUGGAAGAAGUUAAUAUCAGGUACGGGACGAGUCAGCCUCGGGGAAAGUCUAUUGCAGUCAGCACUGGAUGUUUUAGCAGAAAAGAAAACCACAUGACCCCACAGUAUUUUUUCUUCCCUCCCAUUGCAGUGUCUUCAGCAUGGCAACAGCUGUGCAAGUUGGGCUGCGUUUGACCAAAGCAGGAUAAAAGCAAUUAGGGCUUAGCGCAAACAAAAACAAUGAUCUCAGAAAGCCAGGAUUGUAGAAGUGUGAAUUGAGAGCUGAAUUUUGCUGCUCAGACUUGCUUCUGAUCCUUUUCGUGAGCAUUCAGGGCUGGAAUCCAGUUGCAACAAAACGCUUUCAACCAGCCCAACCCGGCCCUUCUUUCCUUCUUUCUCUCGGGAACCACAACGUGCACAGAUGGGGCAACAGAAAACAAAAGUCAUCAAGAACAUGACAGCUGCUGUCAUUCUUUGUCUGGGAGUUGUGCCUGCUAACAAAGCCACCUGCCUGCCCUGCACUGAAGCUUUGCUUCAAUGCCCCUGCAGCUCCGCGUGCAAUUUGCUAAAAGAUCUGCCCUCCAAGAAACGUUUUAAAGUCUUUCAUAGCUGCUACUCAUAAAGACAUCUUCUCAAACCAUUUAUCCUUCUAUCAGGACUUGGAAAUAUUUUCAUUAUCACAGGUAAUCACAGAAAUAAAACAAUAAACGUUGCUUAUGUUUCACUGCGUAAGUGUAACUAAUGCCUCUGCCAAGUUCUAUUACAAUUAUAGCAUGUGUGUUUUCCCUUCAGAUUAAGGAUAUAGAAGUGCUCAACUGUGAAUAUGGCAAGAACACAAUCAAGUUCCUUCGCCUUCAUAGAGAAGGGAAGAAGCAUUUCAUUAAAGAAGUGGAAGUGUGCACACAUCUCCGGCUGACUUCUGCUUAUGAGUAUUUGGAUGGAAACAACUCUUUCGUGAUACCGACAGACACCAUUAAGAAUAUUGUCCUGGUGUUGGCCAAAAAAAAAGGGAUCUCAAGUAUAGAACAAUUUGCUAUAGAUAUCUGCAAACACUUCAUGACAACAUUUUGCCAAGUGGAGUACGUCAAAACCUACAUUCAGGAAGUGCCAUGGCAACGUCAAUACCAGAACGGUGUUCCCCACAUCCACUCAUUCAUACUUGUUCCUGAUGGGAUUCGCUUUUGUGAAGCUGAGCAGUGCCGGAAUGGUCCUCUGGUUGUUUUUGCUGGAAUUAAAGAUCUGAAACUUAUGAAGACAACACAGUCUGGAUUUGAAGGCUUCUAUAGAAAUGAACACACCACACUUCCUGAAAGGAACGAUAGGAUUUUAUGUGGAGAGCUCUUCUGCAAGUGGUCAUACGGCGAAUGCGGAGAUUUUGACUUUGACUGCAUAUGGGCCAAAGUCCGGAAAUGCAUUCUUGAGGCCUUCUCAGGCCCACCUGACUGUGGAGAGUAUUCACCCUCUUACCAGAAAACUGUCAACUGCAUCCAGAUGCGUGUCCUUUCCCAAGUGUCACAGGUACAGGUCAUAGAAGUCAUCCUGAACAAUUUUUACGAUGUGGUAGACAUGAAGGCACUAGGCUGUACAAAUGACAAAGAAGUUCUGCUUCCAGUGGAAACUCCCUAUGGUUUCUGUGCUUGCACACUUGGCAGAAAGAAGUACUUGGAAGCACAAAGCCACAUGAUAAAGGAUGAGAAGCAAAGGCAGUUUGGACUGGUAGCUGCUCAGGGAAAGUAAACCUCUUGGCUUCCCGUGUACAUUCCUGAUAAACUUGCAGUAUGGCUUUCCUA